AUGCAGACUCUUGUGAGAAAUGAAAGUACCAAUCCGGCACUCAGCCUCUCAAGAGCGGCCGCCACCAUCCUGAUCUGUACAUUGGCUGGGAUUACAUUUGUCGGCAGCAUGAGCACUGGCCUCCUGACUAUCGGGUUGCCCAGAAUGGCGAACGAUCUUCACCUGCCGGACAACUUACUUUUAUGGCCUUCCUCGGUGUACUCACUUGCAAAUGGGUGCUGCCUCCUACUUGCUGGUUCGUUAGCAGACUUAAUUGGGAACCGCAUGAUCAAUCCGGCAGGAUGUGUGUUACUCUGUGUUUUUAUCCUCGCGUGUGGCCUCGCUCAAACCGGUGUCCAAUUGAUUCUAUUCCGCGCUUUUCAGGGGGUUGCCACCUCGAUGUGCCUUCCAACUGCCUUUAGCAUCUUGACAGAUACCAUGCCGACCGGAACACGUCGGAACGUUGGUUUUGCAUGUCUAGGAUUGGGCCAACCUCUAGGGUUUUCCUUUGGGCUUCUCUUUGGCGGCAUUCUCGAAUCAUCGUCCCUUGGAUGGAGAUUCGGCUACUAUCUGUGCACCGGAGCCGCGUUGAUUCUGGCGAUCAUUAAUUAUUUCAAGCUUCCGAAGAGUUCACGGAAUCAAACCAUGUCGUGGCGAAGGCUCAAGGAAGAAAUUGACUGGAUAGGCCUUGCCCUGUCCAGUUCCGGUCUGGGAAUGCUUUCCUACGUUUUUGCGUAUGUCAACCUCGCCUCUGACGUGAUUGCUGCUCUCUUGAUUGCAAGCUAA